AAAUUCAUGACGUGGUCAUCGGUCCCUUGAAACCCAACACAGUAUACUACUACCGUUGUGGAUCCAAUUCGGGUCCUGAGUUCAGUUUCAAAACCCCUCCUGCAUCCUUCCCUAUCACAUUUGCAGUCGUAGGUGAUCUUGGGCAAACUGAAUGGACUAAAUCAACCCUAGAUCACAUAUCCAAAGUAGACUACGACAUGUUUAUGCUGCCAGGAGACUUAUCCUAUGCAGACGUGGACCAACCUUUAUGGGACUCAUUUGGGCGUCUGGUGCAGCCCUUGGCAAGCCAGCGGCCUUGGAUGGUGACACAAGGCAAUCACGAAAUCGAGAAAAUCCCUGUCCUGCACACUCAUGCCUUCACUGCGUACAAUGCAAGGUGGCACAUGCCGUACGAAGAGAGUGGUUCGGAUUCGAACCUCUACUACUCAUUCGAUGUGGCUGGAGUUCAUGCGAUCAUGUUGGGGUCGUACACUGAUUUUGAUCCUAGUUCUGCCCAGUACCAGUGGUUGCAAGUAGAUUUGGGGAAGGUGGAUAGGGGAAGGACCCCGUGGAUCGUUGUGCUUAUCCAUGCUCCUUGGUACAAUUCUAACGAGGCUCACCAGGGUGAAUCUGAAUCUAUUGACAUGAAGGACGCCAUGGAAGAUCUGCUCUAUCAAGCUCGUGUCGAUGUUGUUUUAGCUGGCCAUGUACAUGCAUAUGAGCGUUUUACCCGCGUUUACAAGGAUGAAGCCAAUAAUUGUGGUCCAGUGCAUAUUACGAUUGGAGAUGGUGGCAACCGUGAAGGUCUUGCUAGCAAGUAUAAGAAUCCGCAACCCAAAAUAUCGGUUUUCAGAGAGGCCAGCUUUGGGCACGGGCAUUUAGUGGUGGCAAAUGCAACUCAUGCACAGUGGACAUGGCAUAGGAAUGAAGAUGAUGAGGCAGUUGCCAGUGACUCCAUUUGGCUCACGAGCCUCUCCUCUGAUCCUGCCUGCAAAAAUUAAAAUUCUAAUAUUAAAUUGCAUAAUAUUCAUGUCCUUCCAAUCUAAUUAAAUUAAUAAAAUGAAAUAGAAAUGAAGUUUCUUUAUUCAAA